AAUUUUACUGACGGCUUUGGAUGAACCUUGAAUGGUGAGAUUUAGGGGGUGGCGUGAGCAGGUUCUCCUUCGUAUUUCCCCACGUCUUCUCCCUUUGUUUACUCUUCCCCUUCCACCCCUGGCGGAUCCCGCCGUGCCGUACCUUAGCGUCGCCGCCGCCGCCGCCCCUCAAUCUCCUCCCACCCACCAACUCUGGGGACGCGCGUCGGCGCCGCCGCCGCCAUCGCCGUUCCCCUUCUUCGUCGACUCCCAGAACAUCGCGCCAGGGCUGUCCUGCUACCGUCUCCCUCCUUUCGAGGAUGCUAUAACCGAUAUAGCAUUUGGAGAAGGGCCACACUAUUUUUUACAUUGAUCUCGGCACCGACCGACGACGCACAGGAAGGCAGCAGGUGGAUCAACCGACUCCACCAUGGGGGGCUGGUUCUCUUUCCCGGGUAACGACGGGCGUGCAAUCCCAAGAGAGUGGGCAGUUGCAGCUGGAUUGGAUGCCACUCCCUUCAACAUGCGUCGACUGAAGAACGUGGGUCGCCCCGGCCCGCGCACACCAGAAGAAUUCGACGCCUACCACAUUCGCAAUCUCGCGCGCUGGGCCCUCCGACAUUACAACUCCAGCCACCCGGGUGCUGAGUUCCGGUGCCCUGAUCAGCCCACCACCGAGGCGAAGGCAGCCUGUGUUGGCUUCAGGGAAGAUCUCUGGUACCACCUCAACUUCUUGGCCUGCCUAAAGGAUGACGGCGACGAGCAGAGCUUCUUCGCCGAGCUACGCUAUGUCCGGUGUUCCAGCACAAUAAUCAUCGAAACAUGCACCAUCUUAGAAAAACCGUUUUGCCCCUUUAGAAGCAGUUGCACAUUGUGUCCAGAUGAAUCCAAGAUUUUGCAUCCAAGCGAUGUGGAGCUUGGGUGUGGGAAGGAGGGCCACCAAGAGGAAUUCUUCCGCGAGAGGUGUGGAUGGAACGGACAUGUAAAGGAAUUUUUCAGUCCAAGGGAGAUGCUAGCGAUACCCUUCAAGUUAGGAGGACCAGUGCCUCGAUAUAGACUGGAGUAACCAUGAUUUACUCCUACUUUCAGUUCAGUUGUAAUGUUAUACUACUUUUAGCCUUGUAAAUUUAUUAUUUCCUAUCGUCAAUGCAUUGGGGGUACAAGCUUUGUGUUUUCUCUAGAAGAAAUGGACCUCCACGAGUGAAUCUGUGAGAAAUUAAAUUUGUGGCAGUUUUGGCACAAAGAAGUAAGCCUUUCGUUUCACCUCUAGGUUGUUCAAUGUAAACAAUGCAUUCCGUAAAAUUAUUGACUAUACAAGCUUUGCGCA